AUGGCGGGAGGUUUAACGUGGUCAUCCGCUUGUUGUCUACGUUUCAAAUUCAGUCCUGAAGAAAUUGAACAACGGUACAAAAGCCAGGAGAUUGAUCGGAUGCUUGAGAAAGAUCGUCAGAUUCUGCGCCGACAAGUGAAAUUGUUGUUACUCGGCGCUGGAGAAAGUGGUAAAUCUACUUUUCUGAAACAAAUGAGAAUCAUUCAUGGAGUUAAAUUUGAACCAGAGGUAGUUAAGGAAUAUCGACACAUCAUCUAUCAGAACAUCAUCAAGGGUAUGAAAGUUCUCGUCGACGCUAGAGAUAAACUCAAAAUUGCUUGGGAAGAUCCAAAAAAUUUUGACGUUGGAUAUCAACUACUCAAAAUAGAAAAUACAAUGAUGUUAGACACCAGAUUGUUCCUUCGCUAUGUACCUAAUCUCAAAAGCCUCUGGAGCGAUGCUUCCAUCAAAAAAGCUUUUGAUAGGCGAAGAGAGUUUCAAUUGAGUGACUCUGUGCAAUACUUCUUGGAUAGCUUGGAUAGGAUUGCCCGAGUAGAUUAUAUCCCUACGCACCAGGAUAUUUUGCAUUGUAGAAAGGCCACUAAAGGUAUCUCGGAAUGUGUUAUUCAAAUCAACAAUAUUCCAUUUCUAUUUGUUGACGUCGGUGGGCAGAGAUCUCAGCGGCAGAAGUGGUAUCAAUGUUUUCAGUGUGUCACUUCAAUACUUUUUCUAGUCUCUUCAUCGGAGUUUGAUCAAGUUUUAUUGGAAGACAGACGAACCAAUCGACUCGAAGAGUCAAGAAAUAUAUUCGACACAAUAAUUAAUAAUGUGAUUUUCAACGAAGUAUCUAUUAUCCUAUUUUUGAACAAAACAGAUUUACUUGCUAAGAAAGUAAAAUCAACUGAUACUGACCUGUGUAAGUAUUUUCCAAAUUUCAAAGGUGACCCACAUUCCAUUCAUGAUGUGCAAAAUUUUAUACUGGAAAUGUUCACUUCAGUCAAAAGGAAUCCCAAAAAGCCAGUAUUCCAUCAUUUCACCACAGCUGUAGACACAGAAAAUAUUAAAGUUGUAUUUAAUGCGGUGAAAGAUACAAUACUCAUUCGUAAUUUGGAAUCACUUAUGUUGCAGCAUUGAACCGAUGGUUUUACUUUUAGUAAUAAACUAUAUUGAAUAGAUAAAAUUAGCCCAUCAAACAAAAUGUUACGAUUGGAAACUUUGAUACUACAAAUGUAUGCUGAAGAAAAUUCUAAUUCAAUCAACGAAGCCCGUAUUUGGAAUGACAGUAAAUACGUAGACUUAGGCAUGAACUCUGACAUUCCAAUGAUAUUAGUUCGAAUCGAUAAUUUCCGUAGUUUUUGUACAAGAAGUUAUAAAUAGGGCAUAGCUAUCCUAUUUUGUUUUGUAGACUUCAAGACUAUUUUGCAACAACCCUAUUAUUCUGGAAUAUUACUGACGCUAAAUACUUGAUAUACGUAAUUAAAGUUAUGUACCACAUCACAUUAAUAUUAUUUAUGAAUCUGAGAGCCUCUAGCUAUUGUACCGAUAAGAUUAUUGUAUAUGUAAAUAUGGUAACAUGUUUCAUACCUAUAAACUAAACUUAGUUACUCACAGGCAUAUACAGAAAAUAUGUAUAUUCAUACACAUAUUAAUAUAUUUACAUGCAUGAUUACUCGUGAAUAUGCCAUAUGACAAUGUUGGAAGAUUUCUUAAGAAAGGAUUUAUGCAGCCAAAGUAAUAAUACCGCUUUGUUGACCGAAAAUAAUCAAGCUGUUAAUGAUAAAUAUCUACCUGAUUGUAUUUGUGAAAUUUGAUGUCGAUGACAUGGACAAUCAAACAAAUCUAUUAACUAAACUACUGUUGAUAAAACUUCAACAUGUUAUGUUAUUAAUGUGUCCUAGAAGUACACCAUUGGUGAGCAGAGUAUGAAAUCGAUUAUUGAAUUAAUAUAUUGUCUUAUAAGGUUCAGUCUUAGAUAAUGAAAAAAUAUUUUAUUGAAAUUUUUGUAUUGCAUGUCUAUGUAUAUAUUACGCAUAGAUUAAGCGGUUAAAAUUUUUUAGUGAUGAAAUUCGACUUCUGACCACAGCUUGUAUGCUACAUCGUUUUAAAUGUAUCCAUUUAUUUUUAUAAAGAUUAUUAAAUGUUUAAGAUGCACCAGGAUAGAUCAUCGAUACUUGUUAUAGAUCAGUCAAAUACACAUAUUCAAAAGUUGUCAAGUAUAGUACUAGAAUAGGUACUUUUUAAUAUUGUUAACUUUUGAUACUAAUAUUUGCAGCUGUUAAUUAUUUCAUGUACAUUUUAGAUUAAGGUAUGAACUGAAUAAUAGAUAUAUUGUGCCUUUACUAUGUUAUAUACCCAUGUAUACAUGGUGUAUGAUGUAAUGUAUGUAUGAUGUAAUGUAUAUAAAUACAUAUUUCACAUGUUUUAUAAAGAAUAAACCAUAUUAAAA